GCAGCAGCAGCAGCAGCAGCAGAGCAGUCAUGUCCCAGGCCUUGAACAAUCCAACGGGUGGUGGUGCCCCGCACCGCGAUUACGGGGCAACGGCAGAGAGUAUCACGCCCGAAGUGAGCUUCGCCGCUCCAGGCGGCUCCUCUGGCUUCAGUCCCACAGAGUUCAUGUCCCUCAGCGAGGACAUUGGGCACAACAUAACGGCCGUGCUCAGCAGCACCAAGCAGCUGGAGAAGCAACUGAAGCUGAUUGGCACGCCCAAAGAUCUGCCGACGCUGCGGGACAAAGUGCACAGCAUCAAUACAAAGACGAACGCCAAGAUUCAGACCAUCACCGUGGACCUGCAACGCCUGCAGGGCGUCGUCAGGCACGGCGAUCGCCAGCAGAAGCUCCAGCUGGAGAAGCUGACGCGCGAGUUCCAUAGCGUGGUCGAGAAGUACUCCAACUUGCAGAGGCGGAUCUCAUCCGCAAUGCGACAGAGCUACCAACAGGCCCUGGGCUCCGAGCACGAGGCGGAGGUAUCUGCCCGAGCCGAGCUACUCCAGCAGCAGCGCCAGGAGCAGGCUGGUCUGCAGCAGGAGCACGACAUGCUGGUCGAGCGGCAUCGUCAAGUGGAGCAGAUCGAGUCUGAUAUCAUCGACGUCAACCAGAUAUUCACCAAGCUGAGUGGACUCGUGCACGAGCAGGGCGAGCAAAUGGAUUUCAUUGAGAACAGUAUUGAGCAGACCGCCACCAAUGUGGAGGACGGACAUUCGGAGCUGGCAAAGGCGGCUAGAAGUCGUCAGAGCUAUCGUCGCAAGAUUCUGAUCCUUUUAGUGAUUGCUGUGAUAAUAGGUUUAAUUGUAACUGGCAUUAUUGUUGCCAAAUUGAGCAGUUAAUUGUUUUAUUUAUACACAUAUACAAGCCCAAAACAUACACACACUCACACACACACACACACACACGCAUACAUAUAUGAGUAUAAAUAAUGAUUUUUGUAAAACAAUUUUUAUAAAAAAAAAGAAAAUUAUGAACGUUAAAAACUCUGUUUAAUCACCAAGUGAGCAAAGACAACAACAAAAGUAAGAAAAUCGAAGAGAACUAAACGGAAAUACAAUAUUUAUAAAUAUAUAUAUACAUAUACAUAUACACACACUCACACUCACACAAACAUACAAGGAUAAUGAAUCCCAUUUAACUGGCAUAUAAACAAAUUAUUCAGCGCUUUUAAAUGUUACUCAUUUCUUGUUAAAAAACGAUUAUUGCGAACAACUUAAGUUUGGCAUUGAAUGUAACCCCCCUUGUAUUUAGUUUAUUAGUUUAAAGCAAACAAAAUAUAUGUUAAAUAAUUCAAGUUAUAAUUAAGCGAGCCUGCAAUCGAAAAUAAACA